CCUCGCUCCUCAAGACGCCCAGACGAGAGAAAGAGCUCGCUCCCAUCUCUGGUUCUCCACUUCGCCCCUCGUGCUUCGAUCGCCAUGGCGGCUUCUUCCGCUACUCUCUUGGUCACCGGUGGAAUUCACUCUGAAAGAUACAACCCUCUGUCCAACAAGCUCAGGCUGUCAAGUGGUUAUCAGUCUCAAUUGGCGAUUUGUCAGAAUUCGAAGCAGUCAUGUUGCCGUCGGUAUAUGUCUGUUCAUGCUGAGUACAGUGAUGGUUCCAGAGGUGGGGGUGGUGAUUUUCUUGCUGGUUUCCUUAUAGGUGGAGCAAUCUUUGGAACAUUAACCUAUGUCUUUGCUCCGCAGAUCAGGAGAUCCAUACUGAAUGAAGAUGAAUCUGGAUUCCGGAGGGCAAAGCAACCAAUAUAUUAUCAUGAUGAAGGUUUAGAGAAAACUCGCCAGAUGCUGAAUGCAAAGAUAGGUCAGCUGAAUUCAGCCAUUGACAAUGUUUCUUCUCGAUUGAGGGGUGGAAACAAUGUGGCAUCAGAGCCCGUUGAAGCUGAACCUGAAGUUGAAACCUCCAUUCUUGAAUCAGGAAUCAUGCCGCUGGCUUAUGGAUGCUUCUUGGAUCCUGUCGAUACACACGCUUGAAAUCGCAAAAAGGAUGGUUCUCUCGUAAGCAGAAAAUGGGAUUCUAAUCACCAGCCACAUUACCGCACCCAGGUGCCUGUGAAAAUGUGCUAGGUUACUUUAAAUGUGGAAUCAUAGAUUUGCUGCCUUGUACAGGAGAGCCAGCCAAUUUGUAGGCUACAAACUAGAUAUCUGGUCUGACUAACCGGAGGUUUUCGUUCUGCUACUUUUGUGUCUUUCCAGAUGCUCAACCUUUUGACAUCCUUGGCCUUAUUUCCAAGAGCGAGGUUUAAUGGACAGCGUCCCGUACCAUAUACGUAUAUAGAUAACCUGCGGAACUGAGUUACCAAGGUUGGUGUUGAAAUCUUGUCUAGUAACUAUCAAAGAGCAUGGCCCAAAGGUUGCAUUUAGAAUGAAAUCGGUGCAAACAGAUCUUUACAACUAUUGAACUGGCUAUACAUUUCCAUCUGGUACUGUAUUGCUGAAUGUAUAAUAUAUGAAUGGAAAUCGAU